UACGUACAAAAACCCUCACCCUUCUUCUCCUACUGCUCUGCCCCAACUCAACUCAACUCAACUCAUCAACACUCUCUCUCACUUUCUCUCUCUAAAAUCCAUCGUCUCUUCCCUCGUCUUCCCGUUCGAAAUGGAGGUCGAAGCGCACGCGGUUUCCGCGUUCGAUCUUAACCACGGCGGCAACUUUCCUGCUUAUUCGUUUUCUGCCAUGUCCGCAUCCUCAGAUGAGGCUCUUCCCCACGUGGCCGAUCAAAUGUCCGUGAACGGUGGCCAACGUGAGGAUUCCGCUGCGCCGCCUAGUUCCGCCGCUGUUCCCUCUAGAUGUCCGAUGAAUGCAGCUAAGAGAGUUCAGAAGGUUUAUCGGAGCUAUCGUACUCGGCGCAUGUUAGCUGACUCCGCCGUGGUCGUGGAAGAAUUGUGGUGGCAAGCACUAGAUUUUGCGCGAUUAAAUCACAGCACGAUAUCAUUUUUCGACUUCUUGAAGCCAGAGACAGCUACCUCACGUUGGAAUCGUGCCCGGUGGAAUGCUUCAAAGGUGGGAAAGGGUCUAUCCAGGGAUGCCAAGGCUCAAAAGCUGGCUUUUCAACACUGGAUUGAAGCUAUUGACCCGAGGCACCGAUACGGACACAGCUUACACCUUUAUUAUGAGGAGUGGUGUAAAACCAAUACUGGUCAACCCUUCUUCUACUGGUUGGAUCUUGGAGAUGGCAGAGACUUUGAGCUAAAGGAGUGCCCAAGAUCAAAGCUUCGCCAACAAUGCAUCAAGUAUCUAGGACCAAUAGAGAGGGAACAUUAUGAAUAUGAGGUUGUUGAUGGGAAAUUUUUGCAUAAAUUGACUGGGAAACCACUUGAUACAAGUCAAGGGUCAGGAGGAUCUAAAUGGAUUUUUGUGAUGAGCACCUUUAAACGACUCUAUAUUGGAGAGAAAAGGAAAGGGUUGUUCCACCAUUCCAGCUUUCUUGCUGGAGGGGCUACUUUAGCUGCUGGAAGGCUCACGGCAGAGGAUGGAGUGCUUAAGGGUAUCUCAGCUUAUAGUGGACACUAUAAGCCAACUGAUGAUAUUCUUGACAGCUUCUUAUCAUUUCUCAGGGAAAAUGGGGUUAACCUGAAUGAAGUAGAGAUACAAAAGCCUGCUGAUGACUAUGAGAGUAGUGAAAAUGGGAAGGCAUCUUUAGAGACGGUUAAUUCUGAAGGUUCAAUAUCGGAUUCCAUUCCAUCUGAAGUGGAUGGCGACGUGCCUUCAGAAACAACCAAAGCUUCUAAGCCAGAAACUUGUACUGUAUACAAGAGGAGUCUCUCUGGUGGUCUUCAGAGUCCCAAAGCAGACGUGCCAAGGACGUCCCUACUGCAAAGAAUCAACUCGAAGAAGGCUGUUAAGUCGUAUCAAUUGGGGCAUCAACUUCCUACGAGAUGGUCUACGGGUGCUGGCCCGAGGAUCGGGUGCAUUGCUGACUACCCUGUGGAGCUGAGGCUACAGGCGCUGGAACUUACUAACCUCUCUCCAAGAUCGUCUCCGCCAUCAUGGACACCAAGAAGGGCUUCUGCUGCGGCUAUUGUUUCGCCAUCUGCCUAUCCACCAAAUGUAAGUAGCGAAGAACUAGAAGAUUACUUUAAAGUGUAAUGACACUGCACAACUCUGUGUAGAAUAUGCCUUCCUAGUCCUACUGUUUCAGACUGUUGUGUUUAUUCAAAAUCACAUCCCUUUUAGAAACUAUCUCUAGCGUGCUUUCAAUGAAUAAAGAUGUAAACCCCAUCUUGAGCUAUAUAAAAUAUGAGGCAAGUAAAGGCAUUUAGCAGUCA